AUGGGGCCUCCUAAUACAAGGAGAAGAGAUAAGCGGUGCGAAUAUCAUAAGGACCAUGGCCACGAUACCGACAGUUGUUAUGCACUGAAGGACCACUUGGAAGAGUUGGAACAAGACGACCAACUGGCGCAACACGUCCGAAAGAACAAUCCAUCGAACACGGUAGCCCUACGACCGGAUUCACCUCCACUUGAUGUAAUUCACAUGAUAUACAGCCUACCGUCAUCAGCUGAGGUACAUGCAAUUCAGUUACAACCUAGCCUGCAUAAUCCAAUCACACCAGCCAAAUUGCCCCAUGAAACUGAGAGGAUUAGCUUCGAUGACACCGACUUAGUUGGAGUAACUCUCCCCCACGCCGAUCUCCUCGUUGUCGAGUUACGCGUGAACAGAUUCACAGUCGAACGUGUUCUCAUUAAUCAAGGAGGCACUUCAGAAAUAAUGUAUUACAAGACGUUUGUUAAACUCGGCUUCACUAACUCAGAUUUGUUGUCGACCGAUUACCCAUUAUUCGGCUUCAACGCUAACCCCGAGUCACAAUUGGGAAGAACUUGGUUGCAUACUAUACAAGCUGUGCCGAACACCUACCAUCAAUUACUCUGCUUUCCAAUUGAGUAUGGCAUUGAACAAAUUUGGGAUUCUCAGAAAUCGACACAAGCAUGCUACCUUGUUACUGCUGCAAAGAGGCCAAAGGAAUUAGAAGUGAAUUUGAUUGAAGUACCGGAUCGAGGAGCCUCAAGGACAUUGGGAAAAUCCCCAGCGAAAAGGCAACUGAAGACUUGGAUCGGAUCGAAAUCAAUGGGAAUCCUAACAAGUUCUUCAUGA